CGACGGACGUAUUGAUCUGCAAUCGUGUAGCUUUAUUUUGACAGAGUGACACCUCCUGUUUUCAAACAGAUGAGUCCACAUACACAAACAUGUUGCUCACACAUGCAUGCGCACACACAAAGUGGAGGAGGAGGAGGAGGAGAUGGUGGAGGGCGGUCCGGGGGAGGAAUUACAUGCCUUGGGGGAGGUCCUGAGAGGGGAGCAGCGCAUCCAUCACCUGCGUGAUAACAAGCCAGAUGCUCAAGCGCUGCAUGAGAGCCGUCCGUGUCUGGCAAAGAAGACGCAGGCCGACACGGCGUGCGUGCUGUGAGAGGUUAGUUGUUGUUUUUCUUGUUGUUGUUUUUCAACGGUCGCGUGUCAAGCCUUCCUCCCGAUGAGCGCGCGCUCCUCGACCGAGUGAAACCUCAGCCGUCCCAACUUCACUCGACGGACUUGUGCCACCAUGGCCGCGGGGACGGCGGCGUGGCUGCCGCUGGCUCGUGCGGCGGCAGUGGCUUGGAUGCCCCUGGCCCGCGCGCCCAUGCCGGCGGUCCCCCGGAAAGACGGCGCGCGGGAUACUCUCGAGCGCUAUCCGGACACUCUUCUGGGAAGCUCCGAGAAGGACUACUUCUUCCGGCACGAGAGCAACGAGUUCUUCUUCGACCGUGACCCGAGCUUGUUCCGCCACAUCCUGAACUUCUACCAGACGGGGAAGCUGCACUUCCCUCGCCACGAGUGCAUCGCCGCCUUCGACGAGGAGCUCGCCUUCUUCGGCAUCGUCCCGGAAGUGAUCGCAGACUGCUGCUACGAGGACUACAAAGACCGGCGGCGGGAGAAUCAGGAGCGCCUCCAGGACGACGAGGAGACGGACCCCGACAACGAGCCGGCGGCGGCGGACUUGACCUUCCGGGAGUCCCUGUGGCGAGCCUUUGAGAACCCGCACACGUCCACCACGGCGCUGGUGUUCUAUUACGUGACGGGCUUCUUCAUCGCCGUGUCCGUCCUCGCCAACGUCCUGGAGACGGUCCCGUGCGGGGCGAGGUCGGAAGGCGCAAAGUCGGCCUCGUGCGGCGAGCGCUACGCCUUGGCCUUCUUCUGCAUGGACACGGCCUGCGUGCUGAUCUUCACGGCGGAGUACGUCCUGCGCCUGCUGGCGGCGCCCAGCCGCUUCAAGUUCGUCAAGAGCGUCAUGUCGCUCAUCGACGUGGUGGCCAUCAUGCCGUACUACGUUGGCCUGGUCAUGCCCGAGAACGAGGACGUGAGCGGCGCCUUUGUCACGCUGAGGGUCUUCCGCGUCUUCCGCAUCUUCAAGUUCUCCCGCCACUCGGCCGGUCUUCGCAUCCUGGGCUACACGCUGAAGAGUUGCGCCUCCGAGCUGGGCUUCCUGCUCUUCUCGCUCACCAUGGCCAUCAUCAUCUUCGCCACCGUCAUGUUCUACGCCGAGAAGAGCUCCAAGGGCUCCGCCUUCACCUCCAUCCCCGCCGCCUUCUGGUACACCAUCGUCACCAUGACCACGCUCGGGUAUGGCGACAUGGUUCCAAAAACCAUCACGGGCAAGAUCGUGGGUUCCAUCUGUUCGCUGAGCGGCGUGCUGGUCAUCGCCCUGCCCGUGCCCGUCAUCGUGUCCAACUUCAGCCGCAUUUACCACCAGAGCCAGCGGGCUGAAAAGCGACGGGCGCAGAAGAAAAGUCGCCUGGCUAGAAUUCAAGCGAGAAAGACCGAAGGAGCCAGCGCUUACUCGCGAUACAAAGUGCUGCUGGACGCCGAGGCGUCCAAGGAGGCGGGCCGGGCGCUGCUCUCCGAGGCCAACGCCAACGCCACCAUGGCGGAGCAUCAUCAUCACUUGCUGCACUGCCUUGAGAAAACCACGAACUUGCACUUUGCUGACCACGCGUCAUUGGAGUGGAGCCGCUCUGAGGAGGCCUUGCUGAAGCGGGCCCAGGCUCCCUCACCCUCUUCCUCUUUCUCGUCAACCUCGCCGCCGGCGUUAACUUCCUGCUGCUUCCGCACCAAACGGAGCCAUUUGGACCCGCCCAAGUCCAACGCCGGCACCGCUCAAGCUCCGCAGCGACCACUGAGUCGCUCCAGUCUGAACGCCAAACCGGAGGAAGCGUUCCCUCUAAACUACGAAGGGCCUUGGGCGGCUGCUCCCGCCGUUAGUAGCGCGCCACCGCCGAUCGCCGUGCCCCAAGGCGACCUCCCCCGGGCCUCCGAGAACGUCCGCGUUUCGGAGCUCUGAACUCUGUCGCCAAGUAAGCCGUACAACAACAACAAAGUAGAAAACUCACAUUUGUUGCUUUUUUUUUUAAUCUGUUUUUGCUCAUGCUAAUUAUUUUAGCACUAAAGCGACGAAGGUGUGCUGGAUGCUAUUCAUGGUACGUACCAAGCUAAGAAUCAACUCAUAGUUCAGGUGCUUUUUUUUUUUACAAGCUGGCCUCGCUGCAAGCCUCAUUCGGGGCAGAAGCUUCUCGGGUCUGAAUACACGUUGAUUAAAGUUUCACAGCAGAGGCGCUUUAAAAGAUGCCUAGUUUCAUUGUAUUCAUUUUAUUGCUUUAUUUGCAUGAAGUUUGACACCCAGUUCUGAAGCAUGGUUUCCAGAGUGCUAUGCUAACUCGAGGCCAGGAUGCAUUUGUGUCAUCGCUUAAAAAAAACGAAUCCCCAAGCUUAUCCCCAAAACUUGUGUGUGGACCUUAAAAAGUAUGUCAAGGAUAUGGAAUAAAUGUUCCAACAAUUUGCCACACACUUUCCGAUGCAUGAAUUUCUGAAAUUUGUGGCGUUCAGGGGCUGCGGUGGCGAGAGAUGAGUGACAUUGUGCGCGGUGUUGUCAUAGAAAUAAAUGGCCUGGUCUGUCUCAGGAAGAAUAGGCGGGUCCCGACUAUUCUUCACGCGGCGAGCCCGUCCGCUUGGUUUCCUUUCGGCUGGCUUCCUUUGUGAACUUUAACCCCUGGGAACAUUCCUCACCAAAAGGAAACAAACACCAAGAGGCCAUCGUCAUGACAGCGGCGGAACAGCCCACUGAGCUUUUACGUGAUCAAAAAGGAAUUGUUGCAUUUCGAUGUUUUUUCCCAGAAAUAUGUUAGUUGAAUAAAAUAUGUUGUGAUGAA